GAAGCCGGAGCGAGCGAGCCGCCCGGACCCAGCUGAACCCAGCCCACUGGACGCCAGACCUGGACCAUCGAUCCUAUCCUAGCCACCUCUCGGAGCCGAGGCGGAAGCGUUCCGAUCUUCCCCUGUCCCCACCCCGCCUCGACCCUCCUCUCCACCUCCUGCGUCGUGACACCAGCUGUCUCCGGCAGUCCCCUGGUCAUGAAAUCGCUCAGGUUGCCAGUUUCCGCCCUCUUCUGCUUCCUUGUACUGAUUAAGGGGCUGGGAGGAGCGCCCCCCGGGCGCCUUGAGGUACAGUCACCUCCCCUCAGCUCUGAGCAUAAAGAAUCCGUAGCUGGGAACGCAGUGCCCGGGCUGAAGGAUGGUCGCACCCCAGAGGUCCGAGCCGCUCGAAAUUCAGAGCCGCAGGACGAGGGAGAGCUUUUCCAGGGUGUGGAUCCCCGGGCGCUGGCCGCAGUGCUGUUACAGGCACUUGACCACCCGGCCUCGCCCCCGGCGCCAAGCGGCUCCCAACUGAAGCCAGCGGAAGAAGCAGCAGAAGCUCUGUUAACCGAGACUGUGAAAAGCCAGACCCACAGCCUCCCAGCACCAGAGACUCAUGCGCCCGCGGCCCCGCCUCGCCCUCAGAUUCAGGAGAAUGGUCCCGAGGCGAGCGACCCCUCUGAGGAGCUUGAGGCGCUGGCUGCUCUGCUCCAGGAACUGAGAGAUUUCAGUCCGAGCAGCGCCAAGCGCCAGCAGGAGACCGCAGCAGCAGAGACGGAAACUCGCACGCACACACUGACCCGAGUCAACCUGGAGAGCCCCGGGCCCGAGCGCGUGUGGCGCGCUUCCUGGGGAGAGUUCCAGGCGCGCGUCCCGGAGCGCGCGCCCCUGUCACCCCCGGCUCCCCAGCAAUUCCAGGUUCAUAUGCCCGAGAGCCGCCCCCUUCCCGAAGCCCACCAGUUCGGGGAAAAAGUGCCUUCCCCCAAAACACACCUAGGCGAGGCAUUGGCACCCCUGUCCAAGGCGUACCAAAGCCUGGGCACUCCCUUCCCCAAGGCGCGCCGGCCGGAGAGCUCACUCCUGAGCGGCUCCGAGGCGGGGGAGCGCCUUCUACAGCAAGGGCUGGCUCAGGUAGAGGCAGGCAGGCGGCAGGCGGAGGCCACCCGACAGGCCGCGGCGCAAGAAGAGCGGCUGGCGGACCUGGCUUCGGACCUGCUACUCCAGUAUUUGCUACAGGGUGGGGCCCGGCAACGCAGCCUGGGGGGUCGGGGGCUGCAGCCGGAGAAGGAGCGACUGAGCGAGAGGGAGGAGGAGGAGGUGGAGCAGGAGAGACGCGGCGGUGAGGAGAGGGUGGGGGAAGAGGACGAGGAGGCGGCAGAGGCGGAGGCGGAGGCGGAGGAGGCGGAGAGGGCGCGGCAGAACGCGUUGCUGUUCGCCGAGGAGGAGGAGGAGGACGGGGAAGCCGCCGCUGAGGACAAGCGCUCCCAGGAGGAGAUGCCCGGCCACCAUCGGCAGGACGCCGAGGGGGCAGAGGAGGGCGGAGAGGACGACGACGACGACGAAGAGAUGGACCCACAGACCAUCGAUAGCCUCAUUGAGCUGUCCACCAAACUCCACCUGCCAGCGGAUGACGUGGUCAGCAUCAUCGAGGAGGUUGAGGAGAAGCGGAAGCGGAAGAAGAACGCCCCUCCCGAGCCUGUGCCUCCCCCACGGGCUGCCCCCGUGCCCACCCACGUCCGCUCCCCGCAGCCCCCGCCCCUCGCCCCCGCCCCCGCUGGAGACCAGCUGCGGGAUUGGAACGAGGUGCUCCCGCCUUGGGAUCGGGAGGGGGACGAGGUAUUUCCCCCGGGGCCCUACCACCCUUUUCCCAACUACAUCCGGCCGCGGACGCUGCAGCCUCCUGCUGCCUCGCGCCGCCGUCACUACCACCAUGCCCUGCCGCCUUCGCGCCACUAUCCCGGCGGGGAGGCCCAGGCACGGCGCGCGCAGGCGGAGGCAGAGGCGGAGGAGCGCCGGCUGCAGGAGCAGGAGGAGCUGGAGAAUUACAUCGAGCACGUGCUGCUCCAACGCCCGUAACCGGUCUCACCCCGAGCGCCACCGCAGCGCGUGGUCACCCCCCUCCGUGUCGCUCCUGUCCCUCUGGGUAUUUGCAUGCGUCCCGGCCCCGCCCUCGCCCCGCCUCGCCCGCGGACUGCGCGGAGGGCCAGGCAUACCUCUUCCUGGGUCCAAAGCCCGAACUCCCCAAACUCACUCAUGGCCGUCCCAGGGCCAGCGCAGGCGAGCGGAUGGUUUGUGCGAGCUCCCUCCCGCUGUCCCCACCUAGUUCCCCAGUUCCAUUUGUGUCUAUUUCCUGCCCUUUGGGCCUCCCACAGCCUCUCCACUCUCUCCAAAUCGCUGUGAAUUUACCUUCUUUCCCUUCUCUCUUGUAAAUACCCCUCACGGAGGAAAUAGUUUUGCUAAGAAAUAAAAGUGACU